GGAUUCUUUACUUAUGAAGAUCAGAACAGAGGUUAAAAUGAGCCAGCUUAUGUACAACUCAUUUUCACAAAUACCCAAUUUACCCCUCCCACUGUCACACAUCAGCUCUCUAUAUAUAUUCAUACACAGGCAAACAUUUUAUACAUAACACACACCAAACAGUAAUCAAAGUAUCAGAGAUAGAAGCAAAAAUGGUGUCUUUGAAGAAGCACAACAAGCAGGUUCUGUGGGAAACAGCAGUUGUGUUUUGUCUGUGUUCAUUGUCUUUGGUUUCUUCACACAGCAGAAAAUUCACGACACCAAACGUGACACGCCUCACGGAUCAAUUCAGUAAGAUCGCCAUUGAAAAAGGCUUCUUCAAACGUUUCGGAGCUCCCAAUAUUCUCGUCAAUGGCUCUCUUGCCAAACUCACUCUCGACAAAUCCUCUGGAGCUGGGUUGGUUACAAAGAACAAGUAUCACUAUGGUUUCUUCAGUGCAAGACUCAAGCUUCCUGCUGGAUUUGCCUCUGGUGUUGUGGUUGCUUUCUAUUUGUCAAACGCAGAGAGCUAUCCGAAAAACCACGACGAGAUAGAUAUAGAGUUGUUGGGUAGAAGUAGAAGAGACGAUUGGGUGAUACAGACGAAUGUGUAUGCAAAUGGAAGUUUGAAAACGGGAAGAGAAGAGAAGUUCUAUUUUUGGUUUGAUCCAACUCAAUCCUUUCACGACUAUACCCUCAUUUGGAACUCCCACCAUAUUGUGUUUUUGGUAGACAACAUACCGGUUAGACAAUUUCCGAACCGGGGAGCCUUCAUGAGCGCGUAUCCGUCUAAGGCGAUGUCUCUAUACGCCACCGUUUGGGACGGUUCAGAGUGGGCCACUCACGGCGGUAAGUACCCCGUCAACUACAAGUACGGCCCUUUCGUGGCUUCCGUUGCUGACGUGGAGUUAAGCGGCUGCUCCGUUAAUAAUAACGGAUCUUCUACUGGGUCCGGGCCAUGUACCAAAUCAGGCGGGUCGAUUUCGAGUCUGGACCCUGUUGACGGUCAGGAUUUUGCCACGUUGUCGAAGAAUCAGAUCACAGCCAUGGAUUGGGCUCGGAGAAAGCUAAUGUUCUAUUCUUAUUGUAGCGAUAAGUCGAGAUACAAAGUCAUGCCUGCUGAGUGCUGAGUGCAGCUGAAAUUUUUUUUUAUUUUUUUUAUUUUUUAUUAAAACAAUAUCAGUAUACACUUAAUAAUAUAAUUUUUACUUAGGAUAACGUAGCCUUUGAAUUUGAAAGUGAAUUUUUGUUUUCCUUGUUUAUUUUCUUCUUUUGAUAUUUCUUAC